GGGUCGGGUCUUCUAGCAAGCUUCUCGGGUAAGCCUCCCUCCACUGAAACUUGAAAAUUUUUGAAGUACUAAAAAUCUCAACGCGCGAAAAUUCCGAAAUUAUAGAGGGAAAGAGACGGCAAUUAAUCUUAAAAACAAUUUGGAUACUCUCUAAUUCCCAGAUUAGUCUUCUGGGUUUUUUCACAUCUCCGAAUCAAUCAUCAAAAGCUUCUGGGUCGUUUCAUUUCCAAAUUUUUGAAGAUGGGAGAUGAGACAGUUGAUGGUAUAGAAGCCAAGUACAUAACUGGUCUCAGUACCAUAAUGGUUGCUACAAUCCAAGAAGCCAAAGAUCGAAUAUCUCAGAUCGAGUACAUUUUUUGUAGCCAGUUGUUUCCGAAUAUACAAUCUAGAUCCAAAGCUUUGGAAAAAGUUUAUUCAGAGGCUCGUCUUGGUGCUUGUGAUGCGUGGAAAGAGAGAGAGAAAUCUCUGUUAUCUCAGGUUGAGGAGCUUAAGGUUGAGAAUCAGCUGAUUAAGUCUAAGAAUCUGGAUUUGAUCAAGGAUAAGGAGAAGCUAGCUGAACAACUUGAUAAAACUGCUUCUACGCCUCUUAGAUUGACGAGUUUACAAGACUAUAUUGAUCAUUUGAAAAAGAAGCUCAUGAGUAGAUCUAAGGAAGUUAAUGAUGCUAGAGAUUUGUAUUGUGGGUUAGUUCAGUUGUUACAGGUUAAAGGUUCGGAUGAGCUUAGUGAAGAUGGGAUUAAUAUGAUUCUUACUGAAGUGAGGAGCCUUAAGGUGAAGGCUGAGGAUGUUUCGAAGAAGACAUUGGUGACUGAGAAUCUUCUGAAGAAAAUGGAGUAUCUGUCAGCAGAAGUAGCAGAGAGUGAAAGGAAGUUAAGCUGCGUUGAAGAAGAGAAACAAAGGUUGACAACUAGGUCACAGGUGUUUGAGGAGAAUGUUGGUAGACUUGAAGAGCUACUUAGGCAGAAGAGCGACGAGCUUGAGGAAGGAAAGACGGCUUUAGAGGUUUUGCAGAGUAGGCUCAACUUGACAGAGAGGGAAUUGUUGGAGUGUAAACAGAAGAUUGCAGAUCAUGAGAAAGAAAAGAGAGUGGUUAUGGGUAAAGCAAAGGACGCUAUGCCUAUGAAGCAGGUCAGAUAUGGAAGCUACUUGGCUGCUGACUUGGAAGCUUUACGUUGCCAGAGUGAGGAGAAAUCAUCUGAGUUAGCUAUACAGAAAAAGAAAAGAAAAGAGCUCCAUAGUCUUUACAAAAAGCUGAAAGACCAGUAUGGUUAUCUCUGCGAAAGGUAUGGUCUUGCUGCUGACAGUGUUUUUCACCAAGGCAGCCUUGACGAUGAGUAUAACCAAAUGGGACAACAUGAGAAACCAGCCAUUGCGAGUUCUCUUGAAAGGAAACACUCAGAAGCUACUGAAGUAGCGGACAAAGUGAGAAUUGGUAGUGGCACGAGUGGCAGCAACUGUGGGAAAGAGAGUAUAAUCAAAACAGUGCAGACACCUAUCACUUCCAUCUCUCCAAUGGUGCAGUCACCUGGUGUUAGAAGUGGCCCGUCUGCUGGAAAAUCUCCACAGCUAAGCGGAUUAAAGCGUUCAGCUUCCAUUUGGAGAGACACAAGGUCUCGACAAUCUCCUGGAGGCAAUGAUCCUCAUGAUGAUUUUCUAGAUACUCCAAUUGAGAAUGUCAAAAGGGGCGCUGUUCAAGUAAAACAUGUUCACAAUGUUGCCAAGAAAGAUGAUUCAGACGACGAGACACAGGACAUGAAUCCUAAACCGAGUCCAUCAAGGCAGCGAAUUCAAGUUGCUGAUACGAGUAAAAAAAGUUUCAAGCAUGUGGAGUCAGUGAGGAAAAAAGCUGAGAGGGAGAAUUUGAAAGGGGUAGAGUGUAAACAAUGCAAGAAAUUCUAUGAUGCUGUUCAUCCUGAGAAUGAUGGAAAUGGUAACAAAAGCUUGAGAUGUGAGCACCAUGAAGGCGUGUCGAGGCAUCGUUAUAGAUACGCUCCUCCAAUGACUCCUGAAGGAUUUUGGAACAUCGGGUUUGAAUCCGAAAUGUGAUAUUUGUAUAUGUUUGGUUCUUUGGUUCUUUGGAUAGGUAGACCACAGUGAAAAUUAUUGAUUUUCUUCAUUCUCGAAGAAAAUAGCAACUAAAGAUGAUUUAUUUAGUUCAA